AAACACACACACAGAGACAAGUAAUAUAUACUAUACCAUCGUCGACUCGACGCAUACGUACAAUUGUUUCUCUCAAUUUACUCCCUGAUUCGCCAUGGCCGCUAACAACAAACUGAUCCUCGCAUUACUCUCCAUGCUACCUCUCAUCAUCUUAUCGGCAACAGCCACGUCAUCAAAAAACUAUGACGCGAAGGCCUACGUAGACUCAUGGUGCCGGACAACCUUAUACCCAAACCUGUGCGUCCGGUCGAUGUCUCGCUACGUACGUUCACGGGCGAUGCAAAAUCCACGGGAUCUAGCUAGAUUCGCGCUUAAAGCCAGCCUCUUCCGAGCCAAGUACACAAAGGCGUUCUUGUUAAAAGAGGUUAAGAACCUAGAGACAACGUUGAGGCCCCAAUACUACGCGUUGGUUCACGACUGCUUGACCCAAAUCAGAGACAGUGUGAACCAGCUGAGCCUAGCCAUAGCGGAGCUAGACAGAGUCAACAGGAGAGGGGGGAAGAGCCAAGGAGAUCUAGACUGGCAUAUAAACAACCUUCAGACGUGGACAAGCACAGCUCUCACAGACGCCGAGACUUGCGUGAGUCAGUUCCCUGGACGUAGGAUGAGCAAACUUAAGGCUACGAUAAAAGGGAAAGUGAAGAAUGUGGAGGAAACCACAAGUAAUGCACUUGCCUUCAUCGAGCACUAUGCUGCUGCUAGGUACCGAGCCAGACGCCCCUAAGCCUUUAUGUGUGUUUGGAUCAGCAGAUCUUGCCUAAAUUUCCUCUUUUGUUACUUCUUUGAUCUGGUCUAUUGUUUAAUUAUAUAUGUGUAAGUUUAUAACCAGUUGUGUAAAUCGAACGUUCAUAUGUGACAGUAAA